AUGGGCUCUCUCCCUAUUUCCGCGCCUUCACGGCUCUUCGAGCCCCUCAAGAUCGGCAACAUCACGCUCCAACACCGCCUGGUGAUGGCGCCGUUGACCCGCUUCCGGGCCGACGACUCCCACGUCCCACUGCCCUUCACGACGACAUACUACAGCCAACGCGCCUCGGUGCCGGGGACGUUGAUCAUCACCGAAGCAACAUUCAUCUCGAAGCGCGCGGGCGGCUACCCCAACGUGCCGGGAAUCUGGUCCACGGAGCAGAUCGCGGCGUGGAAACACAUCACCGAUACCGUGCACGCCAAGGGCUCCUACAUCUACCUGCAGCUGUGGGCACUCGGCCGCACUGCGAACCCAGCGAUUGCGGAACGCGAGGGGAUUGAAAUCGUGUCGUCGUCGCCGACGCCCGUGGACGCCGAGAACCCUGUGGUGCCGCGAGAGCUGAGCCGGGACGAGAUCAAGGGCUUCGUCGCCGACUACGCGCAGGCGGCGCGCAACGCGAUCGAAGCGGGGUUCGACGGGGUCGAGAUCCACGCCGCGAAUGGCUACCUGAUCGACCAGUUCACGCAGGACGUGUGCAACGUGCGCACAGACGAGUACGGCGGCAGCGUGGAGAACCGGUCGCGGUUCGGGCUGGAGGUCGCGCGCGCCGUGGUCGAUGCCGUCGGCGCCCACCGCACGGGCAUCCGCCUGAGCCCGUUCAGCACGUUCCAGGGCAUGAAGAUGCGCGACCCGCUCCCGCAGUUCACGCACUUCAUGAAGGGCCUCAAGGAGCUGAAGCUCGCGUACAUGCACCUCGUCGAGUCGCGCAUCUCGGGCAACGCCGACGUCGAGGCCACCGAGAAAAUCGACCCCCUGAUCGACGUCUGGGACAACACGUCCCCCGUGCUGGUUGCAGGAGGUUUCAAGCCGGCAAGCGCGCGCCAGGCUGUCGACGACGAGUACAAGGACCGAGAUAUUGCCAUUGUCUUCGGACGGUAUUUCAUCUCUACCCCGGACUUGCCCUUCAGGAUUGCAAACAACAUCGAGUUGACCCCAUACAAUCGAGAUACCUUUUACACGCCCAAGUCCGAGGUGGGAUACAUUGACUACUCUUUCAGCAACGAGUUUGAACAAGCAAAUACCAAGCUCUAG